AUGUAUGUUCUGCAGUAUCCCCUGAGGCCCAGCUACAGACCUUACGGGGAUCAAGGGGUGCUGGACAAAGUCGAACUAAAGCCGAAGUCUCGCCGUCUCAGAUUUGCCUACAAGCUGCAUCAAAACGAUCACUACGCGGAGGAGGACGUCGUGCAGGAAAAGUACGAGCAGCGGCAUACCCUGAACUCCACUGUUGUAGCAAAUCCUGCAUGCAGCUAUGCGGUGGGAGUCAUCCGUCAGGGCCGGAUGACACUGACACCUAUCCGUGCAGUGAACCAGCUGCGGCCAGACUUCGAAGACUUCGAGAAGUUGAAGAAGACCGCUGAUCGGGGGCCCCCGCCCGGGCCCCCGACCGGCGCCGAAGCCGAAGCAGCCCGGGCGAGGGCCUCCGACAGCGAGGAAGAGCCUCCGAUGCCAGAGGCUCCAAUGGCUGCAGCUCCAGUUCGGGUAGAGUACCUCAGCGGCAAGGGUGCGCAGGGUGCGCAGGCAGAACAGAUGGCCAAAGCAGCUGACACGGAAGAUGCAUGGAAGAGGCUCGACUUCUUCGAUGCAAGUUCUCCAGAGUCUGCGGACAUCUACCUGCAACACAUCGUCUUCGCUGCCACCGAGGCCGCAGAGGCCGACAUGGAAGGCUCCGCGCCAGAGCACCCGAAGCUUCAAGCACUUGAGCUCGAUGGUGACAACGUCUCUUUUCUGAGAUCCAUGUGUGGGCAUGCGGAGGAGCGCAACCGACUUCGGCAGUUGCGCCAGAAGGCUUCUGUGAAUCAGGAUGGACUCAGUUCAUAUGUCCUUAGUAAGAUGCCAGCCGAGAGACAAGUAGAGGCCAUUGUGAGGCAUUUCGGAGUGGCCUCCUAUACGCAUCAUGUGCGAAAGAGGCUGCCCCAGAGCACUCUUCGAAGCAUUGGCUCAGAUGUAGCCCUCAUUACAAUGCUGCAAGACUGUGCUGUUCUGGUUUGUGGAAACUGGGUCUUGAAAUCCAAGCUGGCGAACUUCGAGGGCAUGGAGGCGAACGCGAGGGACCUUCUGCUUUCCAUCCUCAACAAGAGGGCAGGAAGGCUACCCCCUGCGGAUGUUUCAAAAUGGAGCAGUGUCUGUAGCCGAUCUUCCUCACGAAUGGCACCCGCCGCUGAGGUCAUGUCCGCGCAGCGGCGGCAUGACCCUACAUCUGAGUCCGGCUGGGUCUCCUCCUAUGCAAUGCUGAGUCUUUGCAAGGCGCCCAGCGACACCACCCGCAGCCCAACUCAGUCGGAGCCCUCCUCGAGCUGCCCGUCGACACCACCCACCAGGUGCAACAGCAAGCCUCUUGCUGCUAGACUGCGGAACUACGAUUCUGUGGCCAAUGAAGAGAUGUGGAAAUGGUUGUGGCUCGACUUCGCUGCGCCAGUGCAAGCGUCUGUUCCACGGCUGAUCAGGAAGUCCAUGCGCAAGUGCUCUAAGAGCUCUGCGAGUUUAGCGAGUCUGGACUCCAUGGACAUCGAGGGGCUUGACACCAUCACCGAAGAGCAUAGCGUGGGCUUAUCACGCAACUCGCUGCUCGGGGAGGGGUCUCUGGGAGCUGCUGUGUUCACUUUGGUCUCCUCGGCCAUGGGCGCCGGCUGCCUUUCGCUUCCGUUCAUGCUGAAGAACUCAGGUAUCAUAUCUGGACUGUUGAUGCUGGGACUGGGGGCAGUCUUGGCACACCUGUCGUUGGUAGUUCUGAUGAGCUGUGCCCGAUAUACAGAGUCGGAAAGCAUGGCCCAGCUCGUGGCAUUGGCACGCGGGCGGGGAUCCGGGCGCAUCGUGGAUGUGGUCAUUGCUGUUUAUGGGAUAUCGGCAGUACUUUGUUACCUGAUGUUCAUCGGCGAUUUUUUUCUUGGCAUUGCUAGGUCGCCUCUCUUGGAUCUGCAGGUCUCAAGGGAGACCCUCAUAGUCUGCAUUGCGGUCACAGUGGUUUGGCCGCUCUCUCUGCCGCGGCGGCUCUCAGCCCUUCGAUACGUUUGUGUGUUGAGCGUGCUGGCCAUCGGCCUCACUGCCUUGGUCGUUACCUGGCGAGCGCCGAGCUAUGCUCAGCUCAGGAGUGCUGCGGCUGAUAAGGACGAGAAGUGGCAGCUCGUCUGGUGGAACAGCGACCCGUACGCGGCUCUGCAGUCCUUCAGCAUUGCCUUGUUCUCUUUUGCGGCGCACACGAAUGCAGUACCCGUUGCUACUGCAUUGAAGCAAGCGGAUGGUGGAAGCAUCUGGCGAGUCUCUCUGUAUUCAGUGUGUAUCGAGUUGGUCUUCUACACACUGAUGGGCUUGGCUGGAUAUGUCUCUUUUCGAGGAUACACCGAGCAGGACUUCAUCCUCAAUUACCGAAAUGAUGACAUGCUGAUGUUCUUGGUGCGUUGCAUUUAUGGCGUGGUUGUCUGCCUGGGAGCACCGAUCAACUUGUCACCCGCCGCCUCAAGCAUUUUGGGUCUUCUGGGCAGCGAGCGCAGGACCCCCAAGAGGCACUUCAUUGUGGUGACUUCAAUCAUUGCCAGCUGCGUCUGCGUGGCGCUCUGGAGUGAGAAGGUGGCAGACGUGAUCGGCCUGAUUGGUGCCAGCUUUGGCUCGCUGAUCGUGCUGGCAUGGCCCGCUAUGAUCUAUCGCCAGGCUAUGUUCGACUUGCACCCCAGGCGUCUCGCGAAUGCCAUCUUCUACUCGCUGGCUUUUGCAGCCUCACUAGGCUUGACUUCUUUCGUGGUGCAGACGCUGCGUGCGUGGAGCUGA